AUGAGCAAGCUCCCCCCAGCUCUGCUCUACCUCACAAUCUACAACCCCACGCUUCUUCCCACUGGGCCAGUCGACAAAGAUGACGAAGACGCAGAGGAACAGGCUCACAUCCUGUUUUAUACUGCCCGUGAGCGUGCUGUCUCCAGGGAUAAGAUGCUCAGACAGGUCGGGCUCGCGAAGGCGCUCGUGAACUUCUCUAGUAUGUUUGCCCAAGAGGAGGCCUGCGAGAACGUUCAUUCGCAGUCUAGACGGAUGAUCAUGCUCUGCCCUGAACCCAACUUCUGGAUCCACGCCUGCUUCGAGCUGGCGAAAACGCAAAAACCGGUCGCUGCAUCGUCUGGCGCUAAGACAUCGAAGGGCAAGUCAUCGUCAGCUACGAAGGAUGGUGGGAAGGGGAAGAGCGCUGGAAAGGAGAAGGAUAAGGACAAAGGAAAGAGUGGUGCUAGUGCUGGAAGUGAGGGUGUGCAGUGGGAUUGGUAUGAUGGCUCUGUGCAUGACGAGGUGCUGAGAAGACAAUUGAUGAAGGGAUAUGAACAGUUCAAGCUUAUUCACGGAUCGUUCACGACUAUACUGCGAGACCAAGGACCGGAAGUGCUUGAAGUGCAACUUGAACGGUUCUUCACAGUUUGGGCUUGGAGGUGGGAUAUAGAUCAUGAUUCCGAGCUUGGGGAACAUCUAGGAAUACCGCUGCAUCCACUAUACCCAUCUAUCCUCCCUGUCCUCGACGAAUUCACCAUGAAUCUCCAGACUGAAGAUGCCGAGUCAGACUCACCUACGCCUUUCCUCCUCAUUCCUCCUCAUGUUAUACCCUCUUCCACCUACUCUUCCUCCCACCCAUCGCACGCUCUACCACUAUACCUUCGCUCAAGAUUUCCACCACCACGACCCCCAUCUUUGAAUGACCCUUCCAGCUCUUCGAAAGGUGGUGAUUCGCGGGUUAACAGUCCGGGUGACAAAGACGAAGGUGUAGGUGGCGCGGGAACAGCGGCUGUGGCGAAUGCGUUUGUGGCGAUUGGGCAGAGUAUGGAUGUGAGAAGGUGGAAUUGGGGAGCGUUGACGUUUGGAAAGGGAGGAACCAGUAGCGGAAGCGGGUGGAAUAUCAGAGGGAUGACAGGCGCUAGUGGGAGCGAACCUGGGGUAACUGGCAAGGAAGAAUCAAAGGAGGCUGAGGGUCAAGAUACGGCUGAAGACGGUGAUGGUAAGAGCAAGGAUGUAGAGAGGCCGAGUAUAGGUCAGAACGAAGAGGGCAUAAAGGUGGACACAGAGAGUCUACAUGAUGCCAUCUCCUCGUACUCGGUACCACCUCCUGAUCCACCGCUACAAUCGCAAUUUGCCCCACCUCCACCUCCAGACAUCGUGAAUGAGGACCAACCCUUGGAAAGAUCCAUUGCACCUUCUUCUUCUCCCAAGUCUAGAGACUUCGCCAUUGCAUCAUUUCCCGAACCAUCAUCCUUCAGUCCUCCGGCUCCUACUGCUACGAAUAUCAGCUCAAGCUCCCCUGUACCUCUCGUCAACUCGUUACCCUCCGCAUCAUCAAGUCCUUCGUCAUCACCUGUUCCAUCGUCACAGUCCCUACCUGACGAACACUCAACAUCAACCCACUCAUCACCUCCCUCGAUUCCGCCGCCGCCUCUACCGAUAUUCUUACCUCUGUCCGUCCAUCUUUCACCGCGAGAUGAUCCAAAUGCAACCUCACGACGGCGAGUGCUAUAUACCAUUAGAAAUCAAAUCGCACUCGCUUUCAUCGCACGAUCAACUUCCGAAUACACUGACGACGACAUGAUCCAGAUACAACAAGCUGCUUUGGCAUUAUUGGACAAAGUCCAGGGUCUACUACAGGACGAAGCAUACGACGGCAAUCCCGAUACGCCUACUCUGCCUUCAGCUACAAAGAUUCUUCAACCAAAGGAUAAGUAUAUACUGGACAUAGGUCGUGGGACGACGUUGUCCAGUCCUCAAUUCACCUCGACUUCGGAGCAUCUAUUUCUUGCAGAGGAAUUCUUUCAGACGCCGAAUGUCCUGGAGGUGUUCUCCAGAACGCAAGGGGCACAGCACUGGCAGAUUGCUAAACGCGAGUCGAACAUCAGUCUGGUCACUGAGGCGAGUGUUAAUCCGGCCAUGGAUGGCAGCAGCGGCGGCGAUGCUGUAAUGUACAUGGAAAUCUCGAGAAAGGAGACGAGUUUGGCUGAUGUGGAAAAUGAGCUUGCGGAGGUGGUAAGGAAAGUGAGUGAUGGGCGUUGGAUGCGGAGGGAGUGA